AUGUCUAAUGGCAUAGUUUUCUCUUUCUCUACCACUUUUGUCUGCGCUAUUAGAUCAGAAUAUAUAGACCUGGGUGGCCACGGCAUGGCUUUCAUUGUUGUUCCAACAAGAGGCCUUCCCGGAGCUCUUCCAAGCCAGUACCUUGGCCUUUUCAGUGAGACCAACAACGGCAAUGCCAACAAUCAUGUUUUUGCUGUAGAGCUCGACACCAUCCAGAGCAAAGAGUUUAAUGACAUCAAUGAUGACCAUGUUGGGAUCGAUAUAAAAGUUUGA